AUUCGAUUUACUCCCUAACCUCACUAACUAACCUCAUUCAUUAUGAAUGUAAACAAAACAAGAUUGCUUAAAUAAUUGAUUUAUAAUUCAAAAUGUUAGAAGGGUGGUAUUGUCGGUCCAUAGCAAAUGAAGCUGCUGCAGCUGAAGAAGAGGAAAGAGCAGUAGAAGAAUCCAAGUUCAAGAAAGAAUAUAAGUAUUUAAAGAGAAAAUUUCAAAACUUAGUUUAUGAAAAUGAGGCUUUUCAGCAAGCCCUUAGGUCGGCCCAAAAACGACUGUUGAUGGUCACGAGAGACCGAACGUUCUUGUUAGACAGGUUACUAAUGCAUGAGAAAGUUGAUAACAGUACAUCAGAAUCAGAAGAAACUGAAUCAUCAGAUGAUGGAGAGGUUGUCAAGAUGGAACUUCUCAAAAAAAGGAAAGAUGCAGGAUCCCAUUCUAGCCAUCACCAUACGAAUUCUGGUAAGGGAACGCCAGCAGUGAAAAGAAAAAGACCCACAGCUCCUAGACCUCCGAAACAUGUCCCUCAGAAUGUGCAUUUGCAGAUGCCUUCUGCUGGCAUUGUUCUCUCAGAUGGUCACAUGACUCCGGAAGAAGUGGAAAGACACUUGCAGUCACAAAGUUUCAUGGAAUUCGUCCCCGAGAGAGCACCACCAACGGUUCCAACAGAAAUGUUCAGCAACGAACCAUCUUUAGACAGUGAAUCAAAUGACAUUGGAGAGCUAGAAACGUCACCUAGCAAUAUGGGCGAAGAACUUAGUAUUGACAUGAUACCAGAAUAAAUAAUAUACUCAAAUAGCAAACUAUUUCUCCUGGAAGUUUUACAGUUUUUAAAAACGAACCUAGGGAACAGACGGAUUUUUUGUUUGUGUUAAAGAUGAUUUUUAUAAAUUAAUUUAUAUCUAGGACAUAUUUUAGAUGAAUGAGAAAAAAUGUAUCUGUUAAGGUGAGCUAGAGGGGCAUGUUCUGUUCUUUUGAAUAGAAAACACAAAUGUGUGGAUAUAGUAUCUGAUAGUAUAUGUUUAUGACGUUAAUAUUGAUUUGCUGAAAUCCUCUUGUGAAUAUAACAGCUCAAAAUAUCUUCCUUUAUGAAAAAACAUAAUUAUAAUAAUAAUAAUAAUGAAUAAAUUGUUAAUUUCCCAAUAGAA